UAAAACUGAGGAGCGCUUAGUUUGGAGAACUCCCUCCAAAGCUAACGUGCCUUGCCUCUCAGCUAAAUGGGCUGCUGCCACUGCCACUACUACUAUUGCUACUGCCACCGGUGGUGGUGAUGCUGCUGCUGCAUUUAGCCGGGAUGGUCUCCCUUCUCCUCCCCUUCCCCUUUCACCACCCCAGUGCUGCACCGCCUCCUGCGACCUCCCCAAAGUGGGGGCUGGUGCAGCUCUUUGCGCUAAGGCUGUCUAAUGGCUGGUGCUGAGGAUGCUGGGCGGGUAUAGUUUAGAUGUGCCGUGGGUGUAGUGGUGGAGAAGGAAGGGGCUUCCGAGCGCGGACUGCAUUUGUGCUAGUCAGUGUGCCAGGCUGACGUGCGCAUGUAUGUGUGUGCUCACACGCCUUCGAUGUGUGUAGUAAUACUGCAGUGGGCUUCUCUCUCUUACUAUCCUCUCAGCACAUGGACUAGACCAUCUGGGCUGCAGAACCUCGCACCUGACGAGAUCACAUUUUGGAUCAGUCUGGCUUAUCUUACUGGGGUCUUCCUCUCCAACAAUCCCCCAGCAAGAUCUUACUUUUGAUUUCUUCCAGGGUGCAGCUGCCCUUUACACAAAUACAACUAAAAUUAAUAAGUCUUUUCUCUAGUCCCUUUUUAUCGUAUAUAUAUAUUUUCUUGGUGGGCUUUCCCUGAGGUUGCUGAGGCAAAUCAAUCCAGGCUUUUCUAUUAUUUGACAUUAAUUCGUUGGUCUGCAGCACUGAGGCAGAGAAGUUGGGGACCUUAUUUCAUUUUCUCUCCCUUUUCGGGCAACGGAGCAAUGAAAUUUCCAAUCGAGACUCCAAGAAAACAGGUGAACUGGGAUCCUCAAGUGGCUGUUCCUGCGGCAGCACCAACUUGUCAGCCCAAGAGUGUCACUAACGGGCACUACCCAGCCCCACGCCUCUCAAUUUCCUCUCGAGCCACAGUGGUUGCCAGCAUGGAAAAUACCUCUCAGGGCUUACAGACCGUCAUGAAGUGGAAAACAGUCGUGGCCAUCUUUGUGGUUGUGGUGGUCUAUCUGGUCACAGGAGGUCUUGUCUUCCGGGCACUUGAACAACCCUUUGAGAGCAGCCAGAAGAAUACAAUUGCCUUGGAGAAGGCAGAGUUCCUUCAGGACCACAAGUGUGUGGGCCCACAGGAAUUAGAUACACUGAUUCAGCAUGCGCUUGAUGCAGACAAUGCUGGAGUCAGUCCCAUAGGAAAUUCUUCCAACAACAGCAGUCACUGGGAUCUUGGAAGUGCCUUUUUCUUUGCUGGGACAGUCAUCACCACUAUAGGAUAUGGAAAUAUUGCUCCAAGCACUGAAGGAGGCAAAAUCUUUUGUAUAUUGUAUGCCAUCUUUGGAAUUCCACUCUUUGGCUUCUUAUUGGCGGGAAUUGGAGACCAGCUUGGAACUAUCUUUGGGAAAAGUAUUGCAAGAGUGGAGCAGGUCUUUCGUAAAAAGCAAGUGAGUCAGACAAAGAUUCGGGUGAUCUCAACCAUAUUAUUCAUCUUGGCUGGCUGCAUUGUAUUUGUAACAAUUCCUGCAGUCAUUUUUAAGUACAUAGAGGGAUGGACAGCUUUGGAAUCCAUAUACUUUGUGGUUGUCACAUUGACCACUGUUGGCUUUGGUGAUUAUGUGGCAGGGGGAAAUGCUGGUAUCAAUUAUCGAGAGUGGUAUAAGCCCUUAGUAUGGUUUUGGAUCCUGGUGGGUCUUGCCUACUUUGCUGCUGUGCUAAGUAUGAUUGGAGACUGGCUUCGGGUUCUGUCCAAAAAGACAAAAGAAGAGGUGGGUGAAAUAAAAGCACAUGCGGCUGAGUGGAAAGCCAAUGUGACAGCGGAGUUCAGGGAGACACGGAGACGCCUGAGUGUGGAGAUCCAUGACAAGCUUCAGCGGGCAGCCACGAUCCGGAGCAUGGAGCGCAGGCGCCUGGGGCUGGAUCAGAGGGCCCACUCCCUGGACAUGCUAUCUCCUGAAAAGCGCUCAGUCUUUGCUGCACUGGAGACUGGGCGCUUCAAAGCCUCAUCACAGGAAAGCAUCAAUAACCGACCCAACAACUUGCGCCUAAAAGGGUCAGAGCAUCUGAACAAACAUGGGCAGGGAGCAUCUGAGGACAAUAUCAUCAACAAGUUUGGGUCUUCUUCUUCCAAACUCACCAAGAGGAAAAACAAAGAUCUUAAAAAGAGUGUUCCAGAGGAUGUACAGAAAAUUUACAAGACCUUCCGGAAUUAUUCCUUGGAUGAGGAGAAAAAAGAAGAAGAUUCGGAAAAAAUGUGCAACUCAGACAACUCAAGCACAGCUAUUUUGACUAACUGUAUCCAACAGCACUCGGAGAUGGAGAAUGGUGUGAUACCUUCUGAGACCAAAGAAAGAGAACAUGAAAACAAAUCAUUACUUGAAGACAGAAAUUAAAUGUAAUGUGAUGUUAGUGUUUUUAUAUACAUAUUGAGACAUGUGCCUUAUAUGAACCUCUUUAAUUAGUCUGAAUUACAUAGCAUUGAAGAAUAUUUCACUGUGCCAUAAAUGACUGAAAGCUGGCUCUGCCAAAAUGAAUCAAAGUACAGCACUUCAAAUAGUGACAGUAGAACACACACUGGGAGUUUCAACAAGUAGGUUACCAUGGUGAAAUGUUAAGGGAGACAGUUACCAUGGCAAUACAACUGGAAGGUUACCACCCUGGCAUUAUAGUUGGGGGGGAAAGGGCAGCUAUUUUUUAGACCAGCCUUUUGAAAGAAAAAAAAAAAAGGUGAGAAUUAUGUAUCUUAUCAGUGGAGUCCUAUUUCCUGAACGUCUUGUAUGUUUCCUAAAUAUACAUAGUGAAAAGGGAAAUGAUUGGGGUGAACUUAUUAGAAAUUCAUUUUACAUUUUGGCAAGUGCUCUGAGCUUGAUUUUUUUUUUUAGAAUCAUCUAAUGCAUAGUCUUUCUAAACUCCAAAAGAAUGUCCAUCGAACCUGAGACCAGCUGGAUGUUGGAAGCAGAUCAGAGCAAACAUGUUAAAAGGUGCAAUUACUUUUCUCAUUAAAAAGAAAGAAAAGAACAACAAAAAAACAUCACACUGUGGAUAUCACCUUAACCAAUGACAAAAAAAUAUACUGAAUUUCUUAUUUUUUCUCUGAGGGGUAGCCCAGAUGAACUGGAUAACAGGCAAAAACUCAGCUUCAACUACUGUAUUGUUCAAUGGCAAACCUUGUGUUUUCCUUAAUGUGUCCAGUGUCAGGCAAACUGGUUUUAAAUUCUCCCUUUUCAGGCUUUCUGGCAGAAUUUUGCUUUUAAUGUGGGCAGGUAAAGGGGUUGGGGGUGGGGUGGGAAGCUACUGCCUUGCAUGUUGUCAGCAUCCUGCAAUUGACUAUAGCUGAAUAUGACAUUAAAAAAAAAAACUUAUCCAUUUCUGAUACCUAGAGAUAGAUGAGGACCAUGCAUCAUUAGCAUCUCAGGGCUCUGUCACUUUUGGAUGGAGUAGGGUGGAGAUGUGAGAUCUAACCCUGAUGUCUCCAAACAAGGGAAAAACCUGUACAUCAACCAAAUUUAGUCAAUUAAGAACAACAUGUUUUAAGUGCUUAGAGUUUAAGUGCCAUUAAUACUAUUCAUUAUAUUUUGUCAUCUUCGAAGAAGCAUUUUCAUUUAAAAAAAAAACUUUUAAAUUUGAGCUUUCCUUCCUUACUGAAGAACUCUGUUUUUUAAAUUCCGUUUCUCUCUUAUUAUUUCACACUUUCUUCCCUAAAACCUGGAGUUGGUUGGUGAUAUCAAGCCAAAUGAUGAACAAAUAACCAAAAUGUGAUAUUCUUGAAUGUUCCACAAACCCCCCAGAAUAGGGGAGGGAAACAAUGGCCCACUUAGUGUGUUAAGACAGCCACUUAAAUUGGCUUUUGCUAAAAUAAGUAAAUGCUAGUGAGUUUAAGGUCCCAGCACUGUGUGCACUUCAGUCUUUACUAUUGUCUUUUGUCAACUUUAUAUAUUCAAAAUGAGGUAUAUUUGGUUGCAUGCCCUCACUGAUCCCCUAAUCUUUGAGCAGAUCAAACAAGGAUUCUUUGUUAAAGGUUUUCAUGAUUCAAUUCAAUUCCAUUUAUUGCCUUGGGGUUGUGUGGUCAAUUAACCCAGGAGAAUGAUUUUCCAUAGGAUCAUACUACUAAAAAGGACCUCUAGGCAUGGUCUAGUUUAUCUCCUGGUUUCCAGGCCAGGGACAAAUGUAUAAUAUUCCUGACCAAUGGGUAUCUGUCUGGUAAGAUUUUCCAGGUUGGAAAUCUUCUUGACCAUUUCCCAUAUAAAGUAUGGCUGGGCAGAUGUAACACAUACAGUGGUGUUUCCUUUCUCCAAAUCUGGAGUUUUUUUCUCCAAACUUACCUGUUCUGUUCUUUAGGUUCCAUUUCAUGUUUUCUCUUGGCUAGGGGACUAUGGGACAAUUAUGGGAGAAACUUUUAGGCCUUUUGAGAAUAACUAUGAACCAAGGACCCUGCCUACUCCAAAUAGGAUUAUGGUCAGCCUAAAUAAAUGUCUGAAUUAAGUGUAUUAGGACAUUGACUCAUAAGAUCCUCUAACUAUAUAAUGGAACCCUGUGUAACAUAAAGUUAUACAAGAGUAGCCAUAGUUUUUACUAUGUGUAUCCACCCAUCCUAUUAAGAUGGACUGGCAAAUCUAAUCAUGAGUUCACAUUAAACCCAGGGGAAAUUUCUGAAUAAAAAGGACUCCAAAAUUGCUUGAUUUCCUGAUCUCUUUAAAUUCUAGAUCCUUGAUAGUGGCUCUUUCUCCAUUUUACUGCCCCACAAACUGCAGCAUCCUGGAGGCUUCUUCCUUCCUCUGAAAGCAAGCUUUAGUCUAUUCAGGACUGCUUGAGAUACAAUUAUCCUUAUGUGUUUCUAGCUAUCGAGAUUCGUGGUAGUGACAAGGUAGAAUCUGGCAGUGAGAAAGUUACAAGAGAGAAGAUAACAUUUGAGACUGAUUAUAGAAUAUGGCAAUGCUAAUGCCAUGUAGAUCCAACCUAAUAUUUUAUCCCCAAAUUUAGAAUGUAUAUUUUGUCAUCUUGAAAUGUAUAUAUUACCCAUUUGCUUGGUAAAAUAUAUGAACACACUAUCAUCAUGCACUUUAUUGUUCACCUUGUAGAAACACAACAUUCGGAAGGAAUAAAACAAUACAAAAUAUAAAACUUCAUUUUACACCAAAUGAAACAAGUACAUUUGCUGGAUUACUAAAUAUAAGCUUUUCUGAUUGCAUUAGAUCCCAAAUAACUGAAGUUACUAAUACAGCAAUAGGAGGAAAAAGCAUACAUAUACAUAUAUGUAAAUAUAUAUGUGUGUGUAUACAAUACAUAUAUGUAUAUAUGUAUAUAUACAUAUGUGUAUAAUUCCAUCCAUGUAUAAAAUAAUCCUCAGAUAAAAAUAAUGCUUUUAGCCUAGAAAAGAAAAAAACAAAUUAAGUCCUACAGUGUAGACAGAUCCAAUAAGAACACAUAUCAAAAAGCUUGGUGAGACCUAAACCCCUUUGCAAGUUUUAGAAUGUUUUCUGAGAGAUUGGAAACAAAAUAAGGGGCUCAAUCCCUAUUUUUUUUUCACACAAGAUAACACCUUAGCAGAAGUACAUGUAACAUUUUUUUUGAGGGAUGGGGUGGGACAAACAGGCAACUGAUGAAGGAUGAUUUCUUUUCAUGAUCAGGUUAAAGUUACUUUAUGGUUCUGCUCCUUUACUCAUCAAAAAAGGAUAGAGACCUUUCUUUUAGCUAGAGACUUUGACUAAGCACAUGGUUAGACUUGCCAAUUACAAAAUGAUUUUUGUUUCCCCUUUAUUUGAGUGUUUGAUUUCUCCAACAUCUCCAGGUCCUUCAAGGAGCAGGCAGAAGACAAAAGUGAUUUUGCAGAACAUACAUUUAGUAUGCACUUAGUAGAUGAACUGAGUGUCCAGGCUGUUUUUAGAAAAGAUAGUUUGAUCUGGGAGAGAAGAUGGCAUGGAUAACCUCAUUGACUAAAUAAAUGAUAUUGAAGAAGUAUAGUAGAAAGAUCCCUGAACUUGGCAGUCAGGAGACUUGGGUCUUUAGCCUUGAUUCUGCCCCUCAUCAGCCUAUGUUGUCUUGGGCAGCUUGUUUGCUUCUCUAGACUUUGGUGUUUUCACCUGUAAGACAAGGAGGUUGGGCUAGACAAGGAGGUUGGGCUAGAAGAGGUCCCUGAGGUCCCUUCUAGCAAUAUGAACCUAUAAAGAAAACUUCCCUGGUCUACUGUCAAUCAAUUAAUAAACAUUUAUUAAAUGCCUACUAUAUUCUAGGCAUUAUACUACAUUCUGGGGAUACAAAAAAGAAGCAAAAGAGAGUCCCAGCCCUUAAGGAUCUUAUAAUCCAAUUUAUUGACUCAUGAAUCAUACUACUUUGAUAUGGAAAUAUUCAGUGAUUCUGAUAUUUUUUCUAUAAUUUUAAGAAUUAUAUUUCCUAACUUUCAUGACUUAUUAUAUGUUAUAUGGAUAGAGAUCCCCCCCCACUCUGUAUGUGGGAAGCCAGACUGGAAAUAAGGAUGAUGUUCUCCCUAGAGCUUACAAUUACCUUCUCUAAAGGAAAGAAUAGUUAGAUGACUUCAUGCCAUGUUGACAUAAUCUUGCUUGUAUUUAAACUAAUUGAGACCUUUGACCUUGAGCUCCACUGGCAGCCCAAUGAAUGAAAACUUCAGUUUAACAUUACAUUAAUUUGUGUACUAUAAACACAUUCAAAUUAAAGCAUAGAAAUACACAUUAAAAAAUGGAUUACAGUGAAUGCCAUGGAAUAUAAUGCCAUGGAGAAAGUAUUGGCAGUUAUUUACUUGUGACCCUCUAAAUUUCCCUUCCUUUCUUCUGAGAUGACAUUAAUUCUGUCUAAAUCAGUGCAACUCAUUUUUUUGUCUGUGUUUGGUUUCUAGUUAAUGAUGAUGUGGAUGGAGGUUGGAUUGCUAUAGAUCAUCACUUAACACAUAAAGUAAAAAUAUAAAUAUCCUAUGAUACUUGUCUUAAUUUACCAUACACUUCUUAACCAUAGGAGAAAGAUAUAAAUUAGAAUAAAAAAACUGACAAAAAGCAAAACAAUGAAAAGAGUGAACUAUUUUUCUAAUUUUUUUUGCUUAUGGCCAUUGGCAGGUUGCCCUUUCUUAGUACCAUGAAGCAACCAAUAGGAAGACAAAUUUUGGGGCAAUAUGAGUGAAGUUGCUCUUGGUGCAAUACUGGGGCUCAUCAGCAACAGCCUUAAAUUGAAAAAAUGCUAAAUCUCUGACCCUCCACAGAUAUUAACGCUGCUUGUCAAAAUUAGGGAAUCGCAUGCACUUAACAUGAUUGUAAAUAAAGCUGUGCACACAUUUCAUUUGGAAAUAUGUCCUCAGUCUUUGCAUGGUAAACUAAUUGUGUUGUCCUUCACCCAAAUGAUACAUUUCCCUUUAAAUCUUGGUCCUCCUGUGUCAGUAUGAAAGUCACAUAUCAGCGUUGUAGUCUUAGGAUAAAUUAUAGAUACUUCUAAUUUGACUGAAAGUGAGUGUCCUUUUCACAGGUGCCUAAGAGAUUUGGAAUUUACUUUCCAUACUGGGUUCCUA